AGCGAAAUCCUUGUCCCAUUCGGUCAUCUUCUUGCCUCAAGACUAUCUUGCAAUCAGAAUAAUAAAUCCAUUUUCAAAAUGAAGUUUCUCAGCUCCAUCACUGCAUUCACCAUCCUCGCCUCAGUGGCAUCCACGUCCCCCACCCCCGCCAACCUCAUUCCCCGCGCCUGCACCACCAUCGCCCCAACAACCAUCGACGUCCUCGACAGCGCAAACCCCAACACCCCAAGCACCGGACAGCAGUUCUCCCUCGCCAGAACAGCCACUGCAAACACCAAAAUAUCCGCCCUCACGUUCACGGGCAUCCCCGACGACGCUACAGGUUGUAUGCUCGCCAUCGACAUCCCGGCCCUAGCACAGCCCAUUGCGACGGGCUCCAGCCAAGCAGAUAUCUGGACUACCGAUUCAUGGAACUUGACUUCCCCUCCUACCUGGAACAACCAGCCUACUCGACGAGAGAUGGUGUCGACUUUCCAGUUCCCAACUUCGCCAACGACAUCCCCAUUCCAUACGAUCCUUGCGUCGAAUACUUGCUCGAACGAGAUGAGCUUCCUGGCGUUGCAGUCAACGUGGCAGACUUCACCUGGGAGUGUGGACUUCCAGAAUUCUAUUGGCGGGAGUCAGCCGAUUGGUUUUAGCUUGGUGUAUGGUUGUUAGUGGACAUUAGGGGAAUUCAUAUAGGGUGGAAGAGGUGGCGGCGGCGUAGACCGAUUAAAAGUUUGCCAACGCGGGGUGAGGGGAGAACCAACCAGUGGAGGAAAAAACAUUGGGACGACUCUAUUCAACAUAGCGUCAACAAAUAGAAUAUAUUUUCGAUCCUGCACAUGUACCUAAUUUUAG